AGAGGGCAAUGUGGGAUGGUUCCCUGCAGGGUGAAUCCAGUUUGGUGUUUGGGGAUCUGUUCCUGGGGAACUGGGAGCUUUGCUGGCAUGAUCAUGGCCACUGUGCUCCACCACCAUUGUGGUUUCUUGGCGCAUCUAAAAGCAGAGGCUAACCUGUGUCUUGCUGCCCGCGUGAGGGCUGAGCCUUCUGCCUUGGGAAACUUGGUGUCCCCUGCCUAAAACCUUGUGGAGCUGGGCUGGUGCCUUGUCAGCAGGGCUGGAAUGGCUGGCAGUGGUGAUUCUAGCCUGGGUCCUGCUGGUGUGGUGGCCAGGCCAGCUCUGCCCACCCAGUUCUUGGAGCACAGUUCUCCCAUCACUGCAUGGCACUGCCCUUCUGUUUCCCUUGAGCCAACCUCCACCCCUACCCUUGACGGCAGGUGGUUUUUGCAGCCCUGUAGGGAUGGGUUUGAAUGCAGUAAAUCCUUUGGGUACUCUGGGCUGAACCCAGCUCUGCCUUGCAGGGGUGGAGAUCCCUGGGUCCUGCAGUUGGCUGCCAGCACAGUGUGGGUGAGCUCUGACAGUGCCUCCAGGUUUAUGCUGAGGCUUCCUGGCUACUGCUAGGACUUCCUCACCUCCACCUGGCCUUGAGGGUCACUGAACACACCAGCCCACUUACAAAGGAGGUGAGGCAGAGUAGCCAAAACUUGCCAGCUGACAGCUUUGGUCAGUGUUCCUAACGAGCCUGGUCAGCUGGGGACAAACACACAGGGCUGUUGUGCCUGUCUGGACACGGUGCCUAUCUAUCUGCCUCCACCCACACUGCCUGCCAAGGACUGCAAAUAACACUGCCUGUGUGGUUGCCACUGCCUCCACCCCUUAAAAAGCAGAAUUGAAAGAGCUGCAGUGACUGAUACACUGGAGGAAGGUGUUCCCUGGACAGUCCUGGAGACAGAGCAGAUUGCCUUGGUACCCUGCCCCUCCGUGCUGCUGCAAUGAGUGGGAAGUCCUUGCUCUUAAAGGUCAUUCUCCUUGGAGAUGGUGGAGUUGGGAAGAGCUCCCUCAUGAACCGCUACGUCACCAACAAGUUUGACUCGCAGGCGUUCCACACCAUUGGGGUGGAGUUCUUGAACCGGGACCUGGAGGUGGACGGGCGAUUUGUGACCCUCCAGAUUUGGGACACUGCGGGACAGGAGAGGUUCAAGAGCCUGCGGACGCCCUUUUACCGGGGAGCAGACUGCUGCCUGCUCACCUUCAGCGUGGAUGACCGGCAGAGCUUUGAGAACCUCAGUAACUGGCAGAAGGAGUUUAUCUAUUAUGCUGAUGUGAAGGACCCUGAACACUUCCCAUUUGUAGUCCUGGGCAACAAGAUAGACAAACUGGAGAGGCAGGUGAGCACAGAGGAGGCCCGGGCCUGGUGCAUGGAAAACGGUAACUAUCCCUACCUGGAGACUAGUGCCAAGGAUGACACCAAUGUGACAGUGGCCUUUGAGGAAGCUGUGCGACAGGUGCUGGCAGUGGAGGAGCAGCUGGAGCACUGCAUGCUGGGCCACACCAUUGACCUGAACUCCAGCUCCAAAUCAGGCUCGUCCUGUUGCUGAGAGUGGCUGCUGCUGCUUUGGGAGCGGCUGGAUCAAACACACCUGGGCAGCCCUGGGCCACUCUGAGGAGAGUGGCCACAAGGACAAGAGGUGGUUUGCUCACUGGGGAGCUGCAGCCUCACCGUCUGAAUCCUGCCUGGAGUUCUCAGGCACAGAGCAUGUAUCUGCAGGAGGGUGCUGUUAACAGAGCAUGUGAGCAUAGUGUUGCUUUCAUCUCUGCCUGUUUUAGCAGGUUUAAAGGGCUGAGUUAAAGUCCUUUAAAUUCCCUAAAGACAACAGGGAUUUGUUCUCUACUAAGAACUGCCUGCAGAGCAAAGCUGAGAGCAUCCUAGACACUGAAGUAUUUUACUCCUGAAAUUAAAAAAAAAAUAUUAGACCCACUCAUGACCAUACUGCCAAAGGAAAUCCCACUCAACAUACUGAACAAAACCUGUCAUAAAGACUCUGGCCCCUGUGACUGUGAGAAAGCCAAAUACUGGAGUGGCUGGGAUGUGUGUCUGUUGUUUGGGAUAAGUGCAUUGUGUUCUGAGGCUGAAUUGUGAUGAGAAUUGUUAGAGCUCUGACCUGAAGCAACAUGUGAAGGAGAGAUGGGCCUGUGUUUGAAUGUGACAGUAUUGUUUCUUCAUAGCUGCCUAUUUCUGAUCUGUUUUUCCUCACCUCUAACUUUGUCUUGUGUGAGUGUUAUUUUUUGGAGAGACUGUCUGCUUGUUGUUUAAUACAUGUUUCCUUGUCCCUUGUGGAAGCUCAGCCUUGAAGCCCUGGGUGAAAAACACCGACGUGGAUGCUCACUGGGUCAUGUCAAAGGGUUACUCAGGAGAUGUGGAGUGUGACACUUCAGCUGGUUUCUGUCACAAGUAAUCACUGUGUUCAGGUGAUGUGCUCUAGCAGACCAGAUGGCAGGUGGGUGGGCUGUCUCCUAGGUGUGCAGGUGGCUGGGGCCUCAUGUGUGGUCAGCUGUUAAACCCACUCUCUGUCUGGCACCAGUGACCACUGUGCCUCAUCAGCUGGCACAGCCACACCUUCAGUUGCUCCAGUGUGAUGUUCCCUGUGAAUGCUGCAGUGUGGAACCAUUCACCUGGUGUGUCAGGCAUGAUGCUGCAGGCACAGUUAGCCCAUGCCAUCAGCCUGGCCCCUGAUCCCUCAUAGGAAACCCAGGAUGUUUUAUCUGUAAUUCCUGUGACAGACUGGUCAAGUGUUUGCUGGGUUAACUGACUGCUGUGUUCAGUCCAGUGGGGAGAAAGCUGCACCACUUUCUCUGUUCAAGGUGGCUGAAAAACAGGCAUGAGGGGCCCAAGGAGCCUUCUAGAAGGGAUGCCAGGCUUUGCUCCCAUCUCCUGCCCUCUGCUAGGUGUUAGUCCCAGGCUGGCUGUGUAGCAGAGAUGAGCUUGUUGGCUGCUGUCUUUGCCAUUCAAACCUCGUGCCCUGCAACCUCCUGUGCAAGCAUUUGGCCAAAGCUGUGGCUGCCCACAGGCACGUAGGAGCCUGCCCCGAGCACGUAUCCACUGGCUGCCAAGUGAUUCCUACUGUGAUCAGCUGCUGGAUGGUAAAUUUUAUAGCUCAAAUCAGCAACCCUCCCUUAAGCUGUGCUUUAAAACAAGGCAGUCUCUGCCCUGUGCUGGCAGCUUGUCCCCAUCAAGGCACAGUCUCUGAGCGUGCAGAGCAUGAGCAUUUCCCCCCAUUUCUUCUGGGGUAACCCAGGGAGAUACUGCCCUUGUCUGCAGGGCACCUGUGUGUAGAAGGGACUGGAGUAUUAAUGCUUAUGGGGGAUCUAAUUUCUAAACAGGUCUGAACAGUUGUAUUCAUGACGAGUAAAUGGUAUUCAGGCAGCUCCCUGAAGGAGAAGGUUCUGCCUCUGUAGGUGAAAGAGAUUUUUACAGGAUAUUACUGUUUAUUUAACUGUGUCUGACCUCCUGAGGCCUCUGGAUUUUUCUUCAUUAGCACUGCUUGAUAUUUCCUUCAAGGGCCCAGGCUCUGUGACCUGUGGUUCCAGUUUCCAUCCCUGAACAGGCUCAGGAGCUGGAGCUGGCACAGGGGCUCAGGAUGAGAACAGACUCAGGUGUGCUGGCCCCUUGGCAGGGGGGCUGCUGAGGGAGCUCCCUGCAGGUGAAACUGCCACUUUGCCAUGGAUUUCCUGGGAUCUGUGUGAGGACUGGCACCUGCUGUGGAAGAGGGCAGAGAUUCAGCAUGCCACAGUGCAGGAGACACAUGUGCAGCUGUUUGCAGCACCCCGUGUGUGUCAAUGCUGGCAGCUAAAGCUCAAGAGCCUCAUUGUGCACGUGUUACACAGCACUUGUAUUUCUGACAUUGGAUCACUGACUUUUUAUAUUAAACCCCCCCCAUUAUAUUAGGCUUACGUGUUUUUUUUAAUAAAAGAGUAUAAUAUAUUUCAGUUGUUUAAUUUAUUUUAAAUGAAAUGCACAAUUCCCAAAGGAGCCAGGAUUUUGAACUCUGUUGUAGUUCAGUGCCAACAGGCAUCCCUCCCCAUGUCCCCUCGUGCUGCUGCGGUUGUUGCUAUUGCUACAGAACUGGAAUUGUAAAACCAAGAGUCUACCUUUAUUUAAGCAAAUAAAACAUGGAU